UUCCCUGAUGCAGAGACGGACAUCGCGAACACUUGCGUUACCUAUCUCUUAUUCGAUACUUUUAAAAGCGGCCUUUGUCCUACGGAUGAAGAGUUUGAGGCACGACUACGGGAUAAUGCAAUUUAUGACUAUGCGGUACGAAAUUGGGGGCACCAUGCUCGCAAGGCUCCUUUAACAAGUCAAAUGAUAAUGGAAUUUCUCGAGAGCGACUCAAAGGUGGAAGCCUCUAUUCAA